CAGACAUUCCCCGCGAUCGAAAUUUGAAUAGUCUUCAAAAGAAAAGGUCAGCUACCUUGAUCCUAACGACCUACCUUAGAGCCUUCGAUUCUCGUCUAGAUACAUUAAACAUCAUCAGCAAACUCAAUCAUCUUAAAUCUUCAGAUCGUACCACCAUUAUCACAACUCUAGGCGACAUGGGGCUUUUUGGAAAAUCCACACCGACAGAUGGCGCCGGCUCCGAUGAGCCCAAAAAGUCUCUAUACCAACGCUACCAAGACAAGAAGAGCGGCCGCGACACACAGAUUUCAGACGAGGAUCUCCAAAAGUACACCGGCAAGACCAAAGAUGAGAUCAACGACUGGGCUAAAGACCGGCCUGGCGUCGCAGGGAAUCGGGCUGCAGGGACGCUCACGGCGGGACCCGCUUCCGGCUUUGGCGGGAUGGCGACGGCGGAUGGCUAUGGUGGAUGGGGAACGGAUGCUGGAUCGGACCCAAAGCAUCCGCCAGCGCAGAAGGGGCGGAAGGAGAUUGAUGACUCCGAGUCGCUGCAUUAAGGGAGGGUCACGAUAGUUGCGAGAACGAGGGUUUAUUAUUAGAAAUGCCAAACAACUUCAGAUAGGGAGGGAGGGGUCAGCAACGAGGUGGUUCAAAGAAACAGGGUAGUGUAAGAUGAACCUAUCAACGGUGCGGGACAGCGGAAACAUUCGUUCAUCCGGAAUAGUUUUAUGACUUGUCUCAUAAAAUGAUUUAGUCUCAGUACCAUCAUCCGAUACAUUUAUAAUGAACACGCUAUUGGCGGGGACUCUUCUUGAGAAGCUUCAUGCACU